AUGGCUAAUGAAGUGCAAGAUAGUCCAAACACCACGAUCUAUGAAAGUCAAACUCUCCAAAAUGAAAAUAAGCCUUCUUUGUCGUCUGAGUCGUCCUGUCAAAUCACACACGAAAAAUGGAAUUACCCACGAUCCAACAUAGCAAAGACACUAGCAACAUUCUGGAGCUUCCUGAUAAUGGGAGCAAACGACUCCGCAUACGGUCUCGAAACCUACUACAACCUCUCCUACACAAUCGUAUCUCUCGUUUUCCUCUCUCCGCUAGUCGGCUAUGCCACCGCUGCCAUAGUGAACGAGAGAGCACAUUGUGCCAUAGGUCGACGAGGCGUAGCCUUCGUCUCAUCUUUGUGUCACCUGAUAGCCUAUAUCUUGAACUGUGUGCAUCCACCAUACCCUGUUCUCGUGGUGUCAUUCAUAUUCGCAGGUCUGGGAAAUGGCCUGGCGGACUCAGCAUGGAAUGCCUGGAUUGGAAACCUUGAUAAUGCAAAUCAAUUACUAGGGCUUCUUCAUGGGGCUUAUGGUGUAGGUGCUGUUAUUAGUCCUCUCAUUGCAUCGCUACUUGUUGCGGACGCUGGUAUGCCGUGGUAUUAUUUCUAUUACAUUAUGGUUGGAGGCGCUGUAAUCGAGGUCAUCGUCUGCGUUGCCUGUUUCUGGGACUCAACAGGAGCUUCAUUCCAACUCGCCAAACAACAACAACCUGGCGAUUCAUCCGAGAAAGCAGGUUUAUGGAGUGUUCUUUCCAAAAUGCCCUCUGCGCGAAUCACUUGGAUCUGUGCAAUCUUCCUUCUUGGAUACGUUGGGGUCGAAGUCGCGCUAGGAGGGUGGGUCGUGACAUUCAUGAAAGAAGUGCGGCACGCCGCACCUUUUUCCAGCAGUAUGACAUCUACAGGAUUUUGGCUCGGGAUCACUUUUGGACGGGUUGUCCUUGGGUUCGUGACUCCAUUGAUUGGCGAGAAGCUCGCCAUUUCGAUCUAUAUUUCUCUUGAGAUAGCAUUUUGCCUCGUUUUAUACCUGGUUCCAAACUUCUACGCUGGCGCAGUCGCGGUAUCGCUGCAGGGUUUCUUUCUAGGUCCCUUGUUCCCGGCAGUUGUGGUUGUCACCACGAAACUGUUGCCAAAGCACUUACAUGUGAGCGCGAUUGGAUUUGCAGCAGCUUUUGGUGGUGGCGGAGCGGCUGUUCUUCCUUUUAUUGUCGGUGUACUUGCGCAGGCUAAGGGGGUUGAGGUUUUGAUGCCGUUUAUCAUAGCGCUUUCGGGGGCGAUGCUGCUUCUUUGGAAUUUUCUUCCCAGGAUUCCUAGAGAUAACAGUGCAUCGGGUAAUGAUGACCAUGAACAUGCUAGGCAUGAUAUGGCAUGUUGA